AUGGAAGUAUCUUUACGCACAAUCUCAGGAGUUACUUAUAAACAAGCUGUUGAGCCAACAACAACUAUUGCAGAACUUAAAGUACUUGUUUCUGAAAAGGCUAAUGUUGCUCCAGAAGGAAUUAAACUUAUUUAUUCUGCCAAGUUUUUAGAUGAUUCUAAAACAAUAGCCGAAUCUAACAUUCAACCAGGACAAGCUAUAAUCAUGCACGUUCAAAGUUCUAAAAAUGCAAAGCAACCACAAAAGAAAUCAUCAGAAAAGAGAAAAUCACCUAAAAAGGAGUCUCCAAUUAAGGUUCAAGAAGCUGCUGCUCCAGCACCAACUCAGCCUAAGGAGGAAGCUACACAAAAGCCUGAACAACCUGGCCAUUCUAUGGUAGCUCCUUUACCAGAGCUUGAAGCAAAGCAUCAGCUUGUUGAUCCUCCAAACUUUAAUGCUUUAGUUCAGACACUUACAGAAAUGGGAUUUUCCGAAGGUGAUGCAGCUCAUGCUUUAAGAGCAGCUGUUUACAAUCCAGAUAGAGCCGCAGAGUUCCUCUUAACAAAUUAUAUUCCAGAGAUGCCACAGUUAUAUGAUCCGAAUGAUUUGGCAAAUGAAGAAGAAGAUUAUGAUGAUGACGAUAAUUCUGAUGAGGAAGAUGAUGAACAAGCAUCAACUCUUCAGUUUUUACGUCAAUUACAUCAGAAUCCAGAGUUACUUCCAAUUUAUCUCAAAGAUUUAGCUGAUAACAAUCCAGCUGUUGCCCCUCUCAUUCGUAAUGACCCAGCUUCAUUCCUUGUAUCCUUAGGUGUUAAUCCUUCAGAGUUUGAUUUAUCAUCACUUAAGCAUAAAUCAGAAUUCGAAACUCUGAUGGAAAAGUUCACAGAAGAAGAGCAGAAAGCUAUUCAUAGGCUUGAAAAGCUCGGAUUCGAUACCACCGAUGUCAUUCAAGUAUUCGAAGCUUGUGAUAGAGACGAAAAUCUCACAAAAUCAUGUUUGGAACAAAUGAAAUAA